CUUAAUUCUUCUUCAUACAACAAGUAAUAUACUGGUGUAAUACAUUAUUUCACAAGAAUGAACUUUCUUAUUCAAACAUGGCAUACUAUUCAUGUAAUUUUUUUUUUUUUACUUUUCAGGUUCCAUUGUUCACACAGGUGUUACUAGUGGUAAAAUACCUUUUGCUCAUAUUGAUGUUAAUCAAAUACCUCAUGAUUCCAAUUUAACGAUGAAUAUCUUGCUCGACGUACUGAGUGAAGUUAAGACCCAUUUGGCCAAAGUGUUGUACCUUCAGUUAGACAAUUGUUUUCGAGAAAAUAAGAAUCGUUUCUUAUUGUCAUUGAUGGAGUUAAUGGUAGAAAUAAAUGUAUUUGAAGAGAUUUUUGUCAGCUUCCUACCAGUGGGUCACACUCACGAGAAUGUGGACCAGAUGUUUUCCAAGAUAUCCACAAAACUAGGACACAGGAAUACAUACACUAUAGAUGAUCUUGAAGAAACUGUUACAGCAUCAUACACACCACCAAUCAAGUCCUGUGGCUUAUUAAAAAAACCUUUGUAUAACAUUAAGGAUUGGUUAUUACCUCACAUAACAGGAAAAAUGCAGGGCCACUCCAAGCCACACAAUUUUCGUUUUCAUAAGGUGGGAGGAAGAGCCUACAUGCAAUACAGAUUGUGGUGUACAGACAAAUGGCAGCCAACCACAAUAGAUGCCAAUGGGGAUCAAGUUCCAGGUCUAAGAUGCCUGAAGAGUAUUCCAGGCAGAGAUGAUGUUCCUUCAUUUGUUAUUCCAAGUCUGGAAAAGAUGGAUGCUGAUGCAUUAAACCUUGAUAUCCCAAGGCGAUAUGGAAUGAGAUUACCAGUAGCAGCAGUACAAUGGUGGAAUGACUUUUUCACUAAUGUGAAGGAACUUGAAAAGGUGCCGAGUGAAACUCCAAGUUCAUGGAUCUUGUAUGAUUUAAAAGAUCAUGCUGUUGAAAAAAGAAAUUUGAGAAAUCAAAUAGAAGACCCCAGAGUAGGGCAGAAUGUGAUGGACAUUGAAGAAAGACUAACUCUGCCCUGUCCUAGAGUAACUGUAACUGGUGGCAUGCCAGUGAUGGCAGAUCAUGUCGAUAAUUACAACUCCAUUGCAGUUAAUGACAUGAUUGCUAUUUACUGUCCAGAAUAUGAUGAAAUACCACAAAUUGGUAAAGUGUUGAGUCGAGACGAUGACAAGUUUAUUAUACACUGGUACAAAGGCUCAUGGAGGACAGCAUGGAAGCCAUUUUACCUAUUCCAGGGCCGAAAAAGGGUACCUUACCAGGAUGAAGAGCCAGUGGAAGCAGCAAUAUAUUGGGGGUUUUCUUUAAAUGGCAGGAACAUGCUGAGUAAAGAAACUCAGAUCAUCCUACAUGAAAAAUAUGAUGAUGCCAAGUUGAUAGAUGCUGCUGCAAAUGGUGAUAUUAAAGAAGUAAAACGAUUGCUUGCAGAGGGUUAUGAUGUCAAUUUCAGAAAUAAGGAUGGUAAUACAGCAUUGCAUCUUGCAACAUGGAAUAGACAUGGAAAAGUGGUUGAUCUAUUUAUAAAUCAUGGAAUUGAGAUGAAUAUGAAAGGCUAUUUUGAGAAGACAGCAUUACAUUAUGCAGCGGAAAAUGGUGAACUUGGCAUAUUGAAAAAACUCGUUGCGGCAGGGGCAGAUAUGGAGGCCAGGGCAGAGGUAAACUAUCAUACAAUGAGUGUUAGUGAACUAAAUUUACUUUUAGAAUGUAGGGAAGAAUCUACAUGA